CGUCAACCCAGCCUGGAGCAGCAAGCUCGCUGACCGGCAGGUGAAAGCUGCCUGCGCACGUCUCCCCGCGCAAACCAGCGAGCAUACCAUGCGGACACCCGCCUUCGCCUUCACCUUUUGCAAGUCCGCUCUAAACCCCAUCCGGUAACCUACCCUGUGCUGUCACAUGAUACAUCUUCAUCGAUCCGACGCCGCUCUGCUCUCGUACCAUGGAGCGGCAGCACAUCUUCGCCCAGCUGAAGCAGCCGUGCAUCCAACUGUUGCAAAUUACAGCCACGCUCGCCCAGAGGCCUAACGGGCGGAAGGACCUGGUCGAUGCUCUAUCGAAACUGCUCAACGCCCUCCAAGCAGUGAGCUCCAAGCCCGAUGCGGUCGAUUCAAGGCUGGCCGAAUAUGUCUUCGUGCCCAUUUCCCAAGUCCUGAGGAUCUCUCGCACAGUACCUGUCCGCGCUCUGGAGCUUUGCCUUGAGUGCAUCUCGAUUCUCCUUCGAACAGGAUGGGGAGGCUCUCUGGCACCCGAACUGUCAGGACAGCUGCUCAUCCUGUUCACCUUCAUGGCUAAACCAUCCUCGAACGAGAACGGCGUCGCCGGAUCCUCUGAAGAGCUACAAACAUUGGCCCUGAAAUGUAUAACAGAGUUGUUUGCCCAGUCAUCUAAGAGCACACAGGGAAAGCAACAGCUCACCGCAACGGCCAACAUUCCGGCCCUAGGGGAAUCGAUCCUAGUUAUUCUAGACUGCCUCGCUGAUAGCAACUCGAACACCAUCAGGCUGCAGGCCGUCGCUGCAACAUCAAAAUUAGUCUCCGCCAUAGACGACCUGGACGCACUGGCCAGCUUCCUUCCUAGAAUAGUGUCUUCACUUACAAAAGUCUUGACUCCCAGUAGCUCUAACCGCACAGCCUUUCGCGUGCUUGAGCGUUGCCUCGAUGUCAUGUCCCUUCUCUUCCUUCGUCUACUGGGUGAACAGGCUACCAAGGAUCUUCCAAAAUUAUCCCCAGAAUCUUCACGAGACGGCAGCAAGACCGUACGAUCCGUCUCGUGGCUGCAAGCAACGGCCUCACAGAUCAAGGUUGCCUUAGGAAACGUGUUGAAGCUGCGAAACCACGACAAAUCGGAAGUGCGCCAGGCUCUCCUCCGCCUUUGCACAACAAUCGUACAAGAGUGUCGGAACUCUCUAGCCGACUGUUCAGGUAUGGUCGUAGAGACUAUGGUCAUACUAGCGGGGCGCGGCGAUGCAAACAACGCAAAUGAGAGCGACUUGAGAAUCAUGCUCUCCACAGACGCAAAACUCGCUGAUCUUCUCAAAGAGAGUUUGCAUGGGUGGAUCAUAUCCUUACCCAGGCUGAUGCAGUCCAAAGACGAUGCCGGUCGACGCCAAGUCAUCCAUCAAAUCUCCACUACGCUACGUCUAUUCGAUGAAGAUCAGAUCCUCGUCAACGACCUGCUUGCAGACAAUCUUCGGGACGGUGUAUCGGCCGUGUUCAACGAUUCGAAAACUGCCGAAUCAAUCGUCGAAGCAGCACCACCCAUCCUAUUUGAUCAGCAGUUGAUACCUGGGACGACCACGUCAGCGUCUUUCGCACCUCUUCAAUUUCGUCUGAAAGGGCAGGAUGACACAGUGAAGGAGUUCAGAGUACUGUUGCGCGAACUCGCCCAGUCCAACUCCGCAAUCACCAUAACCCAAGACCUCGUCAACGGUCUGGACGUUGGAACGCAGGAAAGCCGCUUAGCGACCUUUUGGGUUUCGGUCAACUUACUGAGAGAUACCAUGCGGUUGAAACCUUGUUUUGACGACUUUCUGGACCUUGGUGGCUCCAACCCGCAGGAGGAGCUUCUCGAUGAUCUUUACUCGCACGCAUUAACCGUUCUUAGUCCGCACGACACCUCCCCAAGCCCUAACUGGCACGCCCCAGCUCUUGCAUUGGAGGUCUUCGCCAUGCAAGCAGCCCGCUACAAGACUGAGUUCCGAGCCGAACUGACGGAGACGUUGUAUCCUGUGCUGCACUGCCUAGGAAGCUCCAACCCCGGGCUUCGAAACCACGCAAUCACCUGUCUCAACAUCAUCGCCGAAUCAUGCGGGUACGGCAGCGCCAGCGAGCUGGUGAUCUCGAAUGUGGACUACAUAGUCAACGCGGUGGGCCUUCGUCUGAGCUACGGCGACGUCUCACCACAAGCACCGCAGGUCCUCCUCAUGAUGAUGCGUCUCUGCGGCCCGUCGUUACUACCUUACCUAGAUGAUCUCGUGGGGAGCAUAUUCGGCGCUUUAGAGCGAUACCACGGCUACCCAAGUCUCGUCGAGCUGCUCUUCUCGGUGCUCAAAGGCAUGGCCGAAGAAGGCGCAAAAACGCCGCAGCUAGCCAUCACCUCCUCCGCCCCCCACGCGCCAGAGGACUCUCCAACCCCAGACAUCCUCACCCAGCUCAAAGCCUUAGAACACCGCACCCGCGAACAAGCCCGGGACCUUUCCUCCCUCCCCCGGGGCGCCUUCCCCCAACAACCUUGGAAAGACCUCGAUCCAGAAACGCUCAAGGAUCCCUCCGCACCCGAAGACGACUCACCCGGAGACCACGAGUCUCCCAAACCAGAACCCGAAGACCCGGCCCCACCUGCGCCCCUCACGUACUCCCUCCUCCUCAAAAUCUCAGAGCUGACGCAACACUACCUCACUUCCUCGUCCGCUCCGCUCCGGACCUCCCUCCUCUCCCUCCUACAAACGACUAUUCCCGCCCUGUCGCGUCACGAAAAUUCCUUUCUGCCACUGAUAAAUACCCUCUGGCCUAUCCUCCUCCCAAGACUAGAGGAUACCGAGGCGUACAUCGUCGCUUCCGCGCUUGACGUCGUAGGGCUGCUGUGUGAGUACGCGGGCGGAUUCAUGCGGAGUCGGAUCGACAACGCGUUUCCCGUGUUCAAGAAGCUUCACCGCCGCACUGGAGGGAAGAUGGGUGGGGCGUCAGGAACAGGCAAGAUGAGGAGCAUGAAGCGCGAAGACUUGGGCAAGAUAGCUGGGAAGAAGACGGAUCUUGCGCCCUCCUCGAACGAGAUGAACACAGUCAUCUACAUCGACACGCCCGCGCGCAUGAUCUGGGAUGCGCUCGUGCGUCUCCUGUGCUCCAUCUCCGCGCAUAUCCCGAUCAGCGGCGAGGCGUUCGAGGAUGUGCUGGAUAUGCUUGAGCCUGUCAUUACCAAUCCUCAGGUCAAAGUUGCGCUGGACAAGCGGAAUGCAGAUGCAGUGUGGUUGCGGGUGUACAAGCGACGCAAAGCCGCUGGUGAGCUGCCAGAUGGAAAGGCGGAGAUGGGCGGCCCCGUUGGUCCCCCGGAAUGGGGGUUUGUCACACUGUAGACGAUGUUUUCUUCGCAGCUGCGCAUAGUAGAGCCGAUACAGACAUGUUUGGUCAGGUCAUGUUAUGAUCUGACUUCUCUCAACGCAUACCCCCGUUUCAGGCG